AUGUUUAUUUAUAUUGUAUUUCUUCUUUUUAUUUCUUAUCAUAUAUCAUUGGGUCAAUAUGAUUUGAGUAAUGUAGCAUCGGGUACAAAAAUGUCUGUUAAUGAUGAUAUGUUUGUCUCGGCAUCGAAUACUUUUUCGAAUUUUGCCGUUCUUAUGCAUCCAUACAGAAAUGCUACUGCCGGUGGAUCUAUACGAUGUAAUAUGAGAUAUAAUACAACGGAUCGUUUUGUUCAUAGUGUAGCUGUUGUUGGUAUUGCUAAAAAUAGUACUAUUCAAGAACAAUUUAUGUUUGUUUUUGCUGCGGAACGUAUGUCAACAAUGACUCCUUAUGUUUGUAUUGGUACUAUUGCAUCUAUAAAUUCAACAUGUGUCUAUAAAUAUCAAUGUACGGAUAUGGCUGCACCAGGAUCUCAUCAAGAAUAUUUUUUAAUUGGUGUUGAUACAAAUGGUACUUAUGCUUAUGGAUUUACCAGUACAUUUGCAUUUAAAUUAGACAUAUAUGCAAAUCAAUUGAUUGUAAAUACUACUACACAAUCUAUGUGGCCAGGUCAAGGUUUUAUACCUCAUGCUUUGGAUGCAGCAGAUACAUGGGCAGUAGUUGCUGGUUAUGAAUAUACAAUUGCAUAUAAACAAGAUUAUGAAACAUAUGCAUGUUUAAUUGAUCUUAUGACAUUUAAAAAUGCAUCUUGCGUACAAGUGACGACUGAAACAACAUUUUUAAUACCAGGAGAUGUUGUUUCAUAUCUAGCAUCUUAUGAAUUAUCAGUUAGUAUUCGUGGUAACAAAGUAAUUGUUGGAGUGCCUCGUAUAGCAACAGUUACCGUACUUUAUAAUCUAGGAACAUCAUUAAAUAUUAGUCGUAUAAAUACAUUAUCUUCUAUUGACUCAACUUCAGUUGGUCGUAUUGUAGAUUGGGCUGAUGAUACAACAAUUGCUAUAUUAGUUGAAGAUCCAUAUGAAACAAGUUGGUCUACAACACAAAUAUUUUUUUAUGAUGAACGUUCAAUAACAACAGCUUCUCCUAUCUUUAGUUUUCCUAAUAAUCAACAAAUAUUAGGUAGCCGUUUAUUACGUCCAUCAUUUGCUCGAUUUAGUAUAACUAGUAAAGGUAAUAUGGCUAUACUUACUAGCAAUGCUGAUAUUUUAAUUAUUCCUAAUGCACCUGCUGGAUAUGCUUCAAGAUGGAUUGAUACAACCGAUCGUGUUUUCGUAUUUUAUUAUCAACCAAAACUAUGUAUCGGUGGAACGUAUAAAAAUCUUACAAGUCUAGGUCCUUGUCAAAUCUGUCCUCCAAAUACACAAAAUCCGGGUACACUUACAUCAGGAAUUACUCAAUGCAUACCAUGUUCUAAUGAUUCUUCGAAUUCAUUUUGUCCACUUGCUUCAUUAACUGAUAUUGAUUUAAGUACAGUACAUUCUUACAGUCAAUCACUUGCCUAUCCUGAAACAGGCGAUACAACAGAUGUUGAAAAUCUUCUUGUUAAAAAUGUCUUUCAAAUUAGUUCAAAUCCACAUUGUUUACUUAUUUCUCCUAUUCUUUGGACAGGUGUUGUUGUUGCUUUAUGCAUUUUAGUCUUAAUAUUUAUGUCUAUAACUCAUGCACUUAAAUGUAAAGCGUUUAUAGAAUGCGGUAAAAAGGCGAAGAAAAUUUUUAAACAAACAGAUAUUAUUGGUGAAGGUGAAAUGUGGAUGGGUGGUUUAGCAACAUUAGCUAUUCUUGUUCUUGUUUCAUUUGCCUAUUGGUUUUCCGUAUCAUUUAUACGACGUUAUCCAAUUGAAGAAGUCCUUGAACCAGCUACAUUCGCUUGUGAUGAAACAUUAGUUAAUUCUCAAUUUUCUACUGGUCUUCAACUUCUUACUAUUCCAAAAUCACAAGAAGCACAACCUAUAUUUGAUCUUCUUGAUCAACAAACUUUUAAUCUAACAAUUGAACUAAUAAAUACUGGAUUUACAUGUAAUUCUGUUACUACACAAGAAAAUCUUCGUAAUUCAAAAUAUGUUCCUCUAUCCAUGGAUUGUCAACAAUCGAUAAUCGAUGCUACAACAUCAGUUACAAUUCCAUUACCAAAACAUGAUACAACUGUACAGAUUAAUAUGACCGGUCCUUAUUGGAUUGGUGGCAUUCGUUUAUGUAUUCGAGGACAGGGUCGUAUUAGUACAAGUUAUACAUUACGUGAACUAGAUUUUUGCGAAUUUUAUACAACAUCUAAUCAAGCUAUUGGUAGGUUGACUUCAAUUCCAAUUACAUUUAUUAGAAAUAUUAAUAUGACACAAGGACUUAGUGAAUCAGAUUCAACUUUAUAUUCAGGUUUAUGGAUGCCAACAUUCAGUACAAUCGAUCUUUCGGAUGAAGAUUAUUAUGUUGAAUUUGGAAAUUAUUUACGGUAUACAUCAUCAUUAACAGUUAUUCAAGUUAUACUUGAUGAACAUCCAUUUUAUAUUAAAAAUAUUCAACAACCAAUUGUUCGUACACCUGAAUUAAUCUUUCAUGGUUUAUUAUUUACAUCAUUAUGUAUUGAAUUAUUUGCUUUUUCUUUUCUGAUUAUCAAACUUUUCAUUAUGCCCGUAUAUCGAUGGGGUUUUUAUUUAUGGAAAAAACUUCGUAAUUUAUGUCAUAAAUCUGAUGAUUCAGAUACAUCAACUUCUUCAACUAGAAAAAGCUCGAAAUUGAAAGGAAAAGUCAAUAAGACAUCAACAAGUCGAUCGGAUUCUUUUACAUUUAAUCAAAGUGAAGAUGAUGAACAUCGUAGUUAUGCAACAUCUGAAAUCGAAUUAGAUUCAAUUCAAACAAUCUGUAGAUUUUAA